AUGGCUAAUCUCGAUCUAGGCACAGCUUCUCGCUACGUCCAGCACCACAGCCUCCACGACGACCUCAACCACAACACCGAAACUGCCGGCGCCGGACACUUCUCCGGCGAAGACGGCGGCGGCGGAUCCGGAUCCGGUGACCUGGUGGUCCGCCGGCCACGUGGACGACCGCCGGGCUCCAAGAACAAGCCGAAACCUCCGGUGAUAGUCACGCGGGAAAGCGCCAACACGCUUAGGGCUCACAUUUUCGAAGUGGGCAAUGGCUGCGACGUCUUCGAAUGCAUCUCGACUUACGCCCGGCGGCGGCAGAGAGGAAUCUGCGUACUCUCCGGCACCGGAACCGUCACGAACGUCAGUAUCCGGCAGCCGACGGCGGCGGGAUCCGUCGUGACGCUCCACGGGACAUUCGAGAUACUCUCUCUCACCGGAUCCUUCCUCCCACCGCCGGCGCCGCCGGGGGCGACGAGUUUGACCAUAUUCCUCGCCGGAAAUCAGGGACAGGUCGUCGGAGGAAACGUCGUCGGUGAAUUGACGGCGGCCGGGCCGGUGAUGAUCAUGGCGGCGUCUUUCACAAACGUGGCUUACGAGAGGUUGCCUCUGGACGAGCACGAGGAGCAGCUGCAGGUCCAUAGCGGCGGCGGCGGUGGCGGGAACAUGUUUCCUGCGGAUUCCGGCGGCGGAGGCGGAGGUUUGCCUUUCUUUAAUUUGCCGAUGAGUAAUAUGCCUCACAUGAACGUGGAAGGUUGGGCGGGGAAUCCCGCCGGUAGGGCUCCGUUUUAGCGGUCGGUUCAUAAUGUUUUUCUAUUAAUUCGAAACUUUGAUUUAAUUUCAAAUUCUAAUCCGCCAUGAAACUUUGGUUAAUGUUCUCGAUCCAUCCAUUCGUGUGUUGCUCUAUAUGCAUGGUUUGAAAUUAGGGGUUUUUAUUUUAUUUUAUCAAAUUAAUCUUGUUUUACGACUCUCUUAAUUCAAUUUCUUAUUUGAUCAA